AUGCGGAAUUUCUUUUUGUCUACAAAAAAGGGAACCUUUCAUUCGUGUAGUGAUGAAUUAAUUACAAAUGAACUUAAUUGCAAAGGUGAAUAUCUAUCGGAAAAAAAUGGUAGAAUUCAAAAAUAUGACCGAAAAUGGGAAUAUACUUCAAAAUUUAAUUUUGAUAAUCUACCACAGGCCCUAUUAACUCUGUUUACAGUUGCUACACUUGAAGGAUGGUCAAAAAUAUACCAUACAGCCAUAGCUACUAAUCAUUUAUUUUACAAUUACCGAUCCGUAGUAGUUAUCUAUUUCGUCACGUAUAUCGUUAUUACUGCAUUUUUUACGGUUAAUAUAUUUGUUGGUUUUGUGAUCGUAACAUUUCAAAAUGAAAGUGAACAGGAAUAUAAAAACUGUGGACUGAAUAAAAAUCAGCGUCACUGUAUUGAAUUUGCAUUGAAAGCACGUCCAGUUAAACUGUAUAAACCAACGAAUCUGAUACAACUAAAAAUAUGGUCAUUUGUAACACUUCGUCCGUUUGAAUACACUAUAUGUAUUUUGGUUAUGCUAAACACAAUCGUACUUGUUGUUAGACAUUACAAAGAGCCAAUAGCAUUUGCAUUCACAUUAAAUAUACUGAAUUUUAUUUUCAUUGUUCUUCCAAAAACGACGGGAUUACAGUAA